GUGGAUCUACUACUUAAUUCGGUCCGCCCAUAAUUAUGUAAUGUACUUUACGUCAUGUUGUUGGUUUAACUUGUGAACCGAUCAACUCAACUUUUGUUCAUAGAGUAACAUGUAACAGCCCGAGGCGAAAGCGAAAAUCGUGAGGCCAUCUGCCUACAAAAUCCCUGCAUGCAUGCUAUGGCCUUGCAUUGCUCACUGCAACAAGCUCCAUGAUCUUCACUUCCCGCUUCACCAUUCUUGCCCUGCUCACCCUCCUCGCUGGUGCCAACGCAGAAUGCGCAGCGUGCCAAGAAGUGUUGUAUGUCGACGGUGUAUUGACCUACGGGCUGGUCAGGAUCGAGAAUUCCGACAACGGGUCCAAGAAGUGCAUCUACGUGGAUAAGAUGGACGACGUGAUGACCUGCGAGUAUGCGGAUCACGGCAUGUUACAGGAUGGGGGUUCGGGGUGUCCGAAAGUGUCAAAGGAGGAGAACUAUCCAGGAUGUGAUGUCGAAUAG